AUGGCAGACAAUCCAAAGGAUUACAUGAGUCUUUCCCACAAGAUAAGAAAACCAAUUGUGGAGAAGUUGCGUAGAGAUCGCAUCAACAACUGCAUUGAGGAACUGAAGGCUCUCCUGGGUCCACAGCUCCUGAACCAGCAGCCCGAGACCAAGCUGGAGAAAGCUGACAUCCUGGAGAUGACCGUUUGCCUGAUCAGACAUCACCUCCAGAAAGAACCACUGCCCUCACCUGGCACUGUUGAUCUGGGAUCCAGAGGUGUCCAGGAAGAUGUUCGCUUCGAGUCAAACAGUCAUGACGCGGUGACACACCCCUUCUGGACCAUGACAGCUUUUUCGAGUGGGAAUGCGCAAGAGUCAGCCCUGUCUCAGACGCGUGUGUUGGAUCAACACACACUGAGCAAAGAGAACACUUCCUCCAGGAAUUCCAUGUGGAGACCCUGGUAG